GGGAAUCGAUGGGCGUGGCAGAGGAGGAGGAUGAAUAACAUCCAGGCGGGGUUAGCACAAACUUUGCUCCUCAUUAGGUUUUUCCCAUGCUCGAGGCGGCCCGUUUUUCUUCCUUGCCCAUCGGGCGUGCGAGCAAACUUUUAUAGCCUCUCUCCCACCACCCGCCGCCUCAAAUUUGCAAGGGGCUGGUGAGGUGUCUUCGGGCAAUGACGACUCGGGGAGGGGUCGGUGUUCGUCGGUUGACAUAGUAACAUCCCCUUCUCCUCUCUCCGCCCGCGGCUGAUGGGCUGCUGCUGUUAGUGGCGGGUGCCUGCAUGGACUGGCAGGAGCGGCGGCCGGGGCGGGCAAGAAGAGGACCCCUCGGCUCUCUGGGGAUGCGUGUUUGCGCCUCCGCUUGCAGCCCCGCGCAGAAACGCUCCCCGAGCCGCCCUCGGGAACCGCGGGAGACAGGGGGCCCCGAGCCGACCCGCGGGCCGGUUUCUGUCCCCCUUCGCCGCUCCUUUUCCAGGCAGAGGCUCCCGUUGGCGCCCCUUCGCCUUUCCUCGCCGCGUGUGAGGCUCAGCGCAGGAGCCUCCGGUGCCUUUACGCGCGCUGGGGUGGCGAGGCAGCCUUCGGCUGCGCGCCCUCUUCUCCACGCCCGGGGUUCUCCUCAGAAAGAAAAAGAGGGGGACCCUCCGGCACCCCAAAGGCGGCGGCGACCAGCGCCAUGAGUCAAAGCCAACCCUACGCGCUUCGGAGCAACGGCUCGCCCGGCGGCGGGGCCCGGCGGAACGACAGCCAGGACUACCUCCUCAUGGGCUCGGAGGCGCGUGAGGAGAACUGCAUGGCGUCCUUCGGCUUCUACCCCCUCAGAGGUGCUGAAAACAGACAUGCCCUCCGUCAACAGACAGUAAUUCGAGAGAAGGGCAGGAGGCUUGCCAACCGAGGUCCAGCAUAUAUGUUUAACGACCAUUUAACGAGCCUUUCUCUGGAAGAGGAGCGCUUUUUGGAAGCCGCUGAAUACGGCAAUAUUCCUGUUAUUCGCAAAAUGCUGGAGGAAUGUCCCUCGCUCAAUGUGAAUUGUGUGGACUACAUGGGGCAAAACGCCUUGCAGCUGGCUGUAGCAAAUGAACACCUGGAAAUCACAGAACUUCUACUGAAGAAGGAAAACCUAUCGCGUGUUGGGGAUGCCCUGCUCCUGGCCAUCAGUAAAGGUUACGUCCGAAUAGUAGAAGCUAUCUUGAAUCACCCUGCCUUUGCAGAAGGCAAGAGGCUAGCCACCAGUCCCAGCCAAUCGGAGCUUCAGCAUGACGACUUCUAUGCCUACGAUGAGGAUGGGACUCGCUUCUCUCAUGACGUCACACCCAUCAUCUUAGCUGCUCACUGCCAUGAGUAUGAAAUUGUACACACCCUGCUCAGGAAGGGUGCUCGGAUUGAAAGGCCUCAUGACUACUUCUGCAAAUGCAGUGAGUGCAAUCAGAAGCAAAAGCAUGACUCUUUCAGCCAUUCUAGGUCUAGGAUCAAUGCCUACAAAGGACUGGCAAGUCCUGCUUACCUUUCCUUGUCUAGUGAGGACCCAGUAAUGACUGCCUUAGAACUCAGCAAUGAGCUGGCAGUACUUGCUAACAUUGAAAAAGAAUUCAAGAACGACUACAAAAAACUAUCAAUGCAGUGCAAGGACUUUGUGGUCGGACUUCUUGAUUUGUGUAGAAACACAGAAGAAGUGGAAGCUAUUCUAAAUGGAGAUGUGGAAUUGAACCAUGGGGAGCGUGGACGCCCUAGCCUGAGCCGCUUAAAACUUGCCAUAAAGUAUGAAGUGAAAAAAUUUGUAGCACAUCCAAAUUGCCAGCAGCAGCUCCUCUCUAUCUGGUAUGAGAAUCUGUCAGGUUUACGACAACAAACCAUGGCGGUGAAGUUUUUAGUAGUUCUUGCUGUCGCAGUUGGGCUCCCGUUCCUGUCACUGGCUUAUUGGAUUGCUCCUUGCAGUAAGUUGGGUAGAAUAAUGCGUGGACCUUUUAUGAAAUUUGUAGCACAUGCAGCCUCUUUCACCAUUUUUCUUGGACUUCUGGUCAUGAAUGCAGCCGACCGAUUUGAUGGCACCAAGCUGAAGCCUAAUGAAACCAAAACAGAUGGUGCAAAGCAGCUGUUCAGGAUGAAAACAUCAAGCUUCUCUUGGAUGGAACUACUUAUUAUUUCCUGGGUAAUAGGGAUGAUAUGGUCUGAAUGUAAAGAAAUCUGGUCUCAGGGUCCCAAGGAAUACCUGUUCGAGUUGUGGAAUAUGUUAGAUUUUGGCAUGUUGGCUAUUUUUGCAGCUUCAUUCAUUGCAAGGUUUAUGGCAUUCUGGCAUGCCUCAAGAGCCCAGAAUAUUGUUGAUGCCAAUACUGACAUGAACUUCUCAAUUGCAACAUUGCAUCCCAGCAUAAGAUACUACACUUUGGCAAGAAUAGACUGGGAUCCAUCAGACCCCCAAAUCAUAUCUGAAGGCCUGUAUGCAAUCGCCGUGGUUUUAAGUUUCUCAAGAAUUGCCUACAUUCUGCCUGCUAAUGAAAGCUUUGGACCACUACAGAUAUCCCUGGGUAGAACUGUCAAAGACAUCUUCAAGUUCAUGGUCAUUUUUAUCAUGGUGUUUGUGGCUUUUAUGAUAGGAAUGUUUAAUCUCUAUUCCUACUACCUGGGAGCAAAACAAAACGAAGCAUUUACUACAGUGGAAGAAAGCUUCAAGACAUUGUUCUGGGCAAUAUUUGGACUCUCAGAAGUGAAGUCAGUUGUCAUAAACUAUAAGCACAAAUUUAUUGAGAACAUUGGUUACGUCCUCUAUGGUGUUUAUAAUGUCACCAUGGUUAUUGUUCUGCUGAACAUGCUUAUCGCAAUGAUCAACAGCUCCUUCCAAGAGAUUGAGGAUGAUGCCGAUGUGGAAUGGAAGUUUGCAAGAGCAAAAUUAUGGUUCUCCUAUUUUGAGGAGGGUCGAACGCUCCCAGUACCUUUUAAUCUAGUGCCUAGCCCCAAAUCUCUGCUGUACCUCUCACUCAGAAUAAAGAAACUGAUUUAUAAAUUGUUAGUUUGCCAUAAAAAGGGCUUCAAGGAAGAUGCUGAAAUGAAUCAGUUAAGCCAACGUAAACUAUCAAGUAUAAAAAGCAUAGAUGACCUCAACUUAAACAGUUUAAGUAAUCCCCAAAGGAAGUACCAGAAAAUUAUGAAACGGCUUAUUAAACGUUAUGUGUUGAAAGCUCAAGUAGACAAGGAGAGUGAUGAAGUAAAUGAAGGUGAGCUGAAAGAAAUUAAACAGGACAUCUCAAGCCUCCGGUAUGAGCUCCUUGAAGAAAAAUCACAGAACACAGAAGACCUGGCAGAACUAAUCAGAAAACUUGGAGAAAGACUGUGUAUUGAGCCAAAACAGGAACAAAGUAACAGAUAACGUGAACUUUCUUCUGAAAAGACCAGGAAAUAAAACUUCAAGUUGACUAGUCCAAUGAAAGCCAUAUCUCCUCAAUUAUAUCCUCAGAUAUAAUUGACACAUUUGCAGCAGAUAACAGAUGCAGACACAUUCUGAAUGGAUUUUUUUUUCAUUUUCUUCUCUUCUGGUCACUGGGGGUACCAGCUGUUUGCAUAGUCCUGUUUAAUACCUUCUGCAGAGGAAAAACUUGGUCUUUUAAAAAUAGAAAGGACAUAAAAUAUGGUUUGAAAAACUGUAUGAUUAAAGGUUUUCAAUGUCAGUUCUAUUGAUAUCAAGGAGGUCUCUCUUGAUCUCCAUUGCACACACACUCACCUGUGCUACCCUCUAAUGUAGCAACAUUUAUCUGAGUAUAUUCCACUGAAGUCAAUAUGAUUUAUAAAUAAAUUAUUUAGAAAUA